AUGAUUGCACAAAAUGGAUUUGUUGACGAAGCCUUCGAAAUUUUUAAGCAAACGCAAUUAGAAGGUGUAAAACCAGUCUCCACAUCCUUUGCCAGCAUUCUCUCAGCCUGUGCCAAAAUGGGAGAGUUAGAACGGGGCAUGGAAAUCCAUCACAGCAUAGUUAAAAGUGGACUUUUAUUCAAUGUAGUUGAAAGCGCUUUGGUAGACAUGUAUGCAAAAUGUAAAAGCAUAUAUGAUGCAAGUGAAGUAUUUGAUGAAAUGCAACAAAGAGAUGAUGUCUCAUGGAACGCAAUGAUUGCAGGAUAUGCACAAAUUGGAUUUGUUGAAAAGGCCUUGGAAACUUCGAAGCAAAUUCAGUCGGCAGGUGUAAAGCCAGAUUCCAGCACCUUUGUCAUCAUCAUCCAGAUAUGUGCCACAAUGGGAGCUUUAGAACAUGGUAUAAACAUCCAUCAAAGGAUAGUCAAAAGCAAUUUUUUCUCAGAUGUAGUUGCAAGUGCCUUGGUAGAUAUGGACGCGAAGUGUGGAAGCAUGCACUAG